UUUUUGUUGUUGUUUGUUUUCCCUCUUUUUUUAUUUUUUUUUAUUUCUCACAUAUCUUAUUAUCGUAAUAUAUGGAUUUUACUUGGGUGAACGACGGACAGAAUACUCGUAAACACCUAAAUUUACUUCAAAAGUCCAACAAUACACCGUCACCCUUGUCCAACAGCAGGUUAAUCCAUGGCAUGGAUAACGGAGACAAUCCGACGAGUAGUGGUCGUGUAUCAUUUCAUGAUAAUUUGACAACUUCUUCACCUUUACGUAGAUCGCGUGCAGAUACGAUGCCAUCUCAAUCUUCAGCUUUUCCUUAUGCUGAUUUAUUUUCCAACUUGACUUUGAAUACAACAGCCGCCACGAGUAACAACACGAAUCCCAUAGCGAUCCAUAACAACGUAACUACAACACCGAAUAUUGGAUUGAUUUCACGUCAUCGUUCUGGGUCUGUGACACUCCCCAAUGAUGAUGAAAAUGAAAAGACGUAUGCGCCGUUUUAUUAUGAUCCGUCCAGUCCUAUUGAUGAAAAUGCUUCGAAUACGAUUGCUUCCACACUGGCAUCAUUAGGAUUGGAUGACGAGGAAGAAAUAGAUGGAACAGAAGAAGAAGGAGAAGGAUCAGCCGCAGCAGAAAAGCAAGGUUAUGAGGGUCGUACUCGAGCUUAUACAAUGACUGGUAAUGAUGCGAUGCGCUUUAGUCCGUUUUCACCUCAUACCAGAACUAGUGUAUUGCAUCGCCCUCGUGCGAUUAGUUUGGGUAUGGUGGAUAAUUUUUCUCCCUUUGAUAUGAACAGUAGCAUGAAUACAAGUACGCGUUUUACCCCAUUAAGAUCGUCACGCAGCAGCAACAAUCUGGUGGAUUUAAAUGACAGCCUGCAUGAAGAAGACAACUACGAAUACUAUGGUCAGCCAGACGGAGCGGAUUCACCUUCUUCUGCACAAGCACAAAUACCGUCGCGUGCACUUUGGUUAGGUAAUAUUAAUCCUGGUAUUAGUGUACCGGAUCUUGUACAAUUAUUUUCUGCCUAUGGACAAGUAGAAAGCGCCAGAAUCUUAUCGGAUAAAGAAUGCGCUUUUGUGAACUUUUCCACCGUGGAAUCGGCUAUUGCUGCCAAAAACGAUUUAGAGUCAAGACUGGGUUCGAAAUUAGCGGGCACACCUGUCAGAGUAGGCUUUGGUAAGGCCGAUGUCAAUCUUGCCAUGGCAUUGACCAAUGAAGCUGGGCCUAACGCACAAGGACCUACGCGCGCCCUUUGGGUCGGUAAUAUUCCUGCCAAUAUGAAUCCAGCGAUUUUACGUACGAUAUUUCAAGCGUUUGGAGCGAUUGAAUCAGUACGUGUUUUAUCACACAAGAACUGUGGCUUUAUCAACUUUGAUCACCAAGAAGAUGCGGUGCGAGCAAGAAAGAGUCUUCAAAACAAGGAGAUUCUUGGUCCUGGUACGGGAGCUGUUCGUAUUGGAUUUGCCAAAGUACCACCCAAUAAUCCCGACGAAGAAGAGGAAGAUACCCAACCCUCUUUAUCCAACUCCUCUUCCAACCCUUCGCCGCCUACCUCAGUUAAUCAUACCAACACCUCCAUGGGGGGUUCCGAAACCUAUCAAAACGCACAAUGGACUACAGCCAUGAUGAUGUCCAGUAUGAUGAUGAGUAAUACCACUAGUAAUAAUACACCGCCUAGUCUCUACUCAGCUAUUGCUUCCGAAAGACUCUUUAUCAUGCAACAGUUGGGUUUAUCUCAUCCCUCUGAAAAAAUCAAGGCCGAUCGUGUCCCCAUUACUUAUUUCUCUGUCAUUCCUCCCGUACCCGAAUUAAACGGUGACCGCAAAUUAGAGCCUUUGCGUUUGCGUGAGAUGCGAAAGCGUUUGGAAAACGACGAACAACAGUCACCCGAAGAAGUUGAAGGCAUUGCUCAUGAAUGCAUGGAAGAAGUGGUUGAACUAUGCAGUGACUAUAUUGGCAACACGGUGAUUCAGAAAUUGUUUGAAUAUUGCUCAGAGGGGACUAAACUACAAAUGCUGCAACGUAUAGCACCCUAUUUAGCAUCGAUCGGAGUGCACAAGAACGGUACGUGGGCAGCGCAAAAGAUUAUUGAUUAUGCAAAUACACCAGAACAAGUGGCGAUUGUACGUCAACAUAUAGCGCCGUAUGUGCCAUUAUUAUUGCUAGACCAAUUCGGCAACUAUGUGGUACAAUGCUGUUUACGUAAAGGGUAUACGCAGAACGGGUAUAUAUUUGACGCGAUUGUGGAUAAGUGCUGGGAGAUUGGGCAAGGCAGAUUCGGGGCGCGUGCGGUGAGAGCCAUUUUGGAGAAUUCGAUGGUGACAAAGGAACAACAGGUGUAUGUGGCAGCAGCGAUUGUACAAAACACAGUGUUAUUGACUACGAAUGCAAAUGGCGUGCUUUUACUGACGUGGCUUUUAGACACUUCUGAACUUCCCGGACGAUACCGAGUGCUAUGUCCACGACUUUUACCCUAUUUAAACAAACUAUCUACACAUAAAUUAGGAUCCAUGACCGUCAACAAGGUCAUUCAUCAGACUCAAGAACCCGAUGCUUCCUCCUUGCUAUUGAAUGCGCUUGCUGAACAUGCAAUGGAUUCUUAAUAUUUUUUGUCUAUAACAUCUAUCUAUUCAUUAAAACAUAUAUUUAUAAUUUUCAUCUCGGUUGUUGUCAUUUUUAGCCAAUCAAAACAAAGAGUUUUAAACAUGU